ACUGCGUUAUAUUGAAUGCGUCUGACAUUCUACCUUGGCUUUUACCAGCCAGAGAAGUCAACUGGCACAAUUAAGGAACAACUAGCAGCUAUAGCUCCAGCAUUAGAACAAUUAUGCAAACAGAAAGAGGAUAGAGUCAAAGAGUUUGCAGAUGUGCAGUCACAGAUUCAAACUACAUGUGCAGAAAUAGCUGGCAAUCUCAGGGUAGGCGAAAAGGUAGGAAUGCCAGUGGUUGAUGAGAAUGAUUUGUCACUGAGAAAAUUGGAUGAGUUUCAAUGUCAUUUACAGGAACUUCAGAAAGAAAAGAGUGAUAGAUUGCGUAAGGUUCUUGACUUCGUAAGUUCUGUGCAUGAUCUUUGUGCUGUCUUGGGAAUGGAUUUCUUUAGUACUAUAACUGAAGUGCAUCCUACCCUGGAGGAUUCUAUUGGCGUGCAAUCUAAGAGUAUAAGCAAUGAUACUUUGUCAAAUCUUGCUAAGACAGUUGCAGCACUCGAAGAAGAUAAGAAGAAAAGAUUGCAGAAGUUGCAAGAGCUAGCAACCCAACUAUAUGACCUUUGGAAUCUAAUGGAUACCCCGGUCGAAGAACGAAGUCUUUUUGAUCAUGUUACUUGUAAUAUGUCUGCUACGGUCGAUGAAGUCACUGUUCCUGGAUCUCUUGCGCUUGACCUGAUUGAACAGGCUGAAGUUGAAGUUGAAAGGCUGGACCAGUUGAAGGCUAGCAAGAUGAAGGAAAUAGCUCUCAAAAAACAAAGAGAGCUAGAAGACAUAUAUGCUGUUGCACACAUUGAAAUAGAUUCAGAGGUUGCUCAGGAGAAGAUAAUGGCUCUUAUUGUUUCUGCAAACAUUGAACCCUCAGAGUUGCUAGCUAACAUGGACAAUCAGAUAUCAAAAGCCAAAGAGGAGGCACUGAGCAGAAAGGAAAUAUUGGAUAAGGUUGACAAAUGGAUGUCAGCUUGUGAAGAAGAGAGCUGGCUUGAAGACUACAAUAGGGAUGAGAAUAGGUAUAAUUCAAGCAGAGGUGCUCAUUUGAACCUCAAACGUGCUGAAAAAGCUCGCAUAUUGGUCAACAAAAUUCCAGCUCUUGUUGACACACUAGUCGCCAAGACUCGGGCUUGGGAAGAGAGCCGUGGAAUGUCAUUCACUUAUGAUGGUGUUCCUCUUCUCGCCAUGCUUGAUGAAUAUGCAAUACUCAGGCAGGAAAGAGAAGAAGAGAAACGAAGAAUGCGGGACCAGAAGAAGUUCCAAGAACAGUACGGCACAGAUCAAGAAACUGCUUUCGGGUCCAGAAUUAGCCCAGGUCGAAUCGCUGGUUCGAAGAAGGCGGUCACGCCUCGUGCCAAUGGUGGUGCUUCAAAUGGAACUCCAAAUUUGAAUCGAAGGCUAUCCUUAAAUCAGGGAGUAAACAACAAUGGUGUGAGAUCUGGAAGCAAGGAUGGCAGAAGGGAGAGUGCUCGGCCUUCAGCUCCGGUGAACUAUGUUGCCAUCUCCAAAGAGGAUGCAGCUUCUCUAGUCUCUAGUUGUGAUCCAGCUCCAGUUUCACCAUGACCUUUUUUUCUUUUUUUUUGCUUGUAGAAUGUAUGAUGUGGAGCUAUUUUAUGUAAGGAUAAGGUGUGUUAUUACUGGAGUCUUCUUAUAGACUAGGUUAAGGUAGUGCUUAAUCUGACAAACUGUACUAAUGAAGUUGUUUUGACUGUUACCCGACCUCAUAUUUAUACAUAAUGCAGUUAUGAUUAUUGUUCCA